AUGGGGUGGCGCGUGGCGGGCGCCGAGCGCGUGGCGGGAAUCCCGCAGGCGGCGGCGCUGUGGCUGCUCUUGUUGGCCUGCGCCGGGGCGCCGCUGUUGGCGCUCGCGCAGCCGUCCAAGGUGUCUCGCGGCGUCGCCGUGCCCUUCGUCUUCGACCCGCGCGCCGUGUGCGCCGCCCCGCCUUGCCAGCACGGGGGCCUGUGCAUCCGGAACGGCACCUGCUUCUGCUCCAGGGGCUACGAGGGCGAGCGCUGCCAGUAUGCAACUUGUUAUCCGAAAUGUAAAAAUGGUGGGAAAUGUCUCAGGCCUGGAAAAUGCAGGUGUCAGCCUGGCUAUGGAGGACGAUACUGCCAUAAAGUAAGCUGCGAGGGAGGGUGUCAAAACGGUGGCGAGUGCAUCUCGGUCAACGGGCUGGUAAAGUGCCUUUGUGCUUCAGGCUGGACAGGAUCAAGAUGUCAAGAAGCGGUUUGUCCUCAGGGAUGUCGGAAUGGAGCAACUUGCGUCGCUCCUGGAAUCUGCAGCUGUGAAGCUGGCUGGGUCGGCGGGGCCUGUCAUUUAGCAUUGUGCAGGUUGCCAUGUCACCAUGGAGGCAAAUGCAUCGCUCCAGAUGUGUGCAGAUGUCGUUCACCAUACUCUGGUAUGCAGUGUACAAAGAAAAUGAAGCAAUGAAACAGCCUACUCUGAAGACGAGCUCCUUUUAUUUUAAUGAAUAAACAUUGGGAGAAAGGAGAAAUUUUGCAUUAUGCUAGUCGGUCCAUACAUAGGAUUUUAAAGUCUUGAUUAUAUAUUAAAUGAAAGCUCUCCUAUA